UGCACAUGGAAAGGCAGAGGAGCAGGAACGGUCAGCGCUCGGAAGGUGAAACGAGCUCAGGGAUUUUAUGCGUAAAGCCGCUAGGUGAUUUUUAUACGGGACGCGCUUUAUUAUUGGACUACAACAGAAUGCUAUUUGAGGAGGAAUGGACAUUUAAACAACUGUUCUCCGUGUAGGGAUUUCACUGUGCAACAUCUAUAAACGGACACACAUGUUAUCCACUGAUGAAAAAUAAGCUGGAAGGAGCCUUUACCCAGUGGAUGAAUUUUAAAGCUCUUUCAGCGCUGCUUUAGAUAUUUUUUGCACAUUGGAUUACAUAAACACUGCUGCAAUUGCGGUUUAUGGAAACAGAGCUGAGAAGAAGACAGCUGAAGUUGGAGAAGAGGGUCUCUGAAGCUGGACUGAGGGUCUGAAGGAUUUUACAAUCUCCUCCUGGAGCUCCACUUUCAUGUCCGAAGUCUCUGGUUUAUGACAAUGGAUUAUUUGCUGUUUUUAUGCGGCUUUUUGCUGCCUCUGUCCUCGGCUGUUGAAGAAACACUGAUGGACACCAAAUGGGCCACCACUGAACUCGCAUGGACCUCACAUCCUGAAACUGGGUGGGAGGAAGUUAGUGGUUAUGACGAUGCCAUGAACCCCAUCCGAACGUACCAAGUGUGCAACGUUCGCGAGCUUAACCAGAACAACUGGCUUCGCAGCGACUUCAUCCCUCGAAAGGACGUUCUCCGUGUAUAUGUGGAGAUGAAGUUCACCGUACGAGAUUGCAACAGUAUUCCCAACAUUCCAGGAUCAUGUAAAGAGACCUUCAAUCUAUUCUACUACGAGUCCGACUCGGAUUCUGCCACCGCCACCAGUCCUUUUUGGAUGGAGAACCCUUAUGUUAAGGUGGACACCAUUGCUCCGGACGAGAGCUUCUCUAUGUUGGAGUCUGGCCGGGUCAACACCAAGAUUCGCAGCUUUGGUCCACUUUCCAAGGCUGGCUUCUACCGCUUUCAGGACCUGGGCGCCUGCAUGUCUUUAAUCUCCGUCCGAGUUUUCUACAAGAAGUGUUCCACGACCAUUGCCAAUUUUGCCGUCUUCCCAGAGACGGCCACAGGAGCCGAGGCUACAUCACUAGUCAUUGCCCCUGGCACUUGUGUGCCGAACGCUCUGGAGGUGUCUGUCCCUCUUAAACUCUACUGCAAUGGAGAUGGAGAGUGGAUGGUUCCUGUAGGUUCCUGCACUUGCAUGGCUGGGUUCGAGCCUGCAGUUAAGGAGACGCAGUGUCAAGCUUGCAGUCCAGGCACCUUCAAGUCCAAGCAGGGUGAAGGGUUCUGUUCCCCGUGUCCGCCCAACAGUCGGACAAGUUCUGGAGCCGCCAGCAUCUGUUCCUGCAGAACCGGCUACUAUCGGGCGGACAACGACUCGCCUGACUCAGGAUGCACCACCGUGCCCUCAGCUCCACGCAGCGUCAUCUCCAGUGUAAAUGAGACGUCUCUUAUACUUGAGUGGAGUGACCCACGUGACCAAGGUGGAAGGGAGGACCUUCUCUACAAUGUCAUCUGUAAGAAAUGUCUGCCUGAACGUGGUACCUGCACACGAUGUGAUGACAAUGUGGAUAUCUCUCCCCGCCACCUUGGGCUUACUGAGAGACAUGUUACGGUCAGAAACCUUCAGGCUCACACCCAAUACAGCUUUGAGAUUCAGGCAGUCAAUGGAGUCUCCAACAAGAGUCCUUACGCACCCCAGUUUGCCUCUGUUAACAUCACCACCAACCAGGCUGCUCCCUCUGCAGUUCCUACCGUCCACCUGAUGGGGGCCUCAGCCAACACCAUGAGUCUUUCCUGGCUCCCCCCUGAAAAACCAAAUGGCAUCAUCUUGGAUUACGAGAUUAAAUACCAUGAGAAGGACCAGGGAGAAGCUAUUGCCCACACCAUGACAGCCCAGCGUAGCUCGGCACGCAUUGAGGGUUUGAAGCCAGGCACGCCGUAUGUUGUGCAGGUUCGAGCCCGAACGGUGGCAGGGUAUGGCCGCUACAGCAGCCCUACUGACUUUAGUACCAACCACCAGGCCGAUGCAGACAAGACUCUACAGGAGCAGUUACCUCUCAUUGUGGGUUCUCUGACAGCAGGGCUGGUCUUCAUCAUUGUUGUUGUGGUUAUUGCCAUUGUCUGCCUCAGGAAACAACGCAAUGGCUCAGAAUCAGAGUACACAGAAAAACUGCAACAAUACAUCACUCCGGGGAUGAAGGUCUACAUUGACCCAUUCACCUACGAGGACCCUAAUGAGGCCAUCCGCGAGUUUGCCAAAGAGAUUGACGUUUCCUGUGUGAAAAUCGAGGAAGUCAUUGGCGCAGGAGAGUUUGGAGAGGUGUGCCGUGGCCGUCUGAAACUCCCUGGACGGCGUGAGAUCAUUGUGGCCAUCAAGACUCUGAAGGCAGGCUACACAGAGCGUCAAAGAAGAGACUUCCUGAGUGAGGCCAGCAUCAUGGGCCAGUUCGAUCAUCCUAAUAUUAUCCGCCUGGAAGGGGUGGUGACAAAGAGUCGACCAGUCAUGAUUGUUACUGAGUUCAUGGAGAACGGAGCUCUGGAUUCCUUUCUCCGGCUAAAUGAUGGACAGUUCACAGUCAUCCAGCUCGUUGGUAUGUUGAGAGGAAUUGCAGCUGGCAUGAAAUAUCUCUCCGACAUGAACUACGUGCAUCGUGAUUUGGCUGCCCGUAAUAUUCUGGUCAACAGCAACCUGGUGUGUAAGGUGUCCGAUUUUGGCCUUUCUCGUUUCUUGGAGGAUGAUCCCACUGACCCCACCUACACCAGCUCAUUGGGAGGAAAGAUCCCUAUUCGCUGGACAGCACCAGAGGCUAUUGCUUAUAGGAAGUUCACCUCAGCCAGUGAUGUCUGGAGCUACGGCAUUGUGAUGUGGGAGGUGAUGUCGUAUGGCGAGCGCCCAUACUGGGACAUGAGCAACCAAGAUGUGAUCAAUGCAGUCGAGCAGGACUACCGACUGCCCCCACCUAUGGACUGCCCUACUGCCUUGCAUCAACUCAUGCUAGACUGCUGGGUGAAAGAAAGAAAUUUGAGACCCAAGUUCUCCCAGAUCGUCAAUACCUUGGACAAACUUAUUCGCAAUGCCGCCAGCCUUAAGGUGGUCACCAGCACACAUUCUGGGGCCUCCCAGCCGCUCCUCGACCGCUGUGUGCCUGACUACACCACCUUCACCACUGUGGGCGACUGGCUGGAUGCCAUCAAGAUGAGUCGCUACCGAGACAACUUCCUUAAUGCUGGCUUUGCUUCUUUUGACUUGGUGGCCCAGAUGACUGCAGAAGACCUGUUACGGAUAGGUGUAACAUUAGCCGGCCACCAAAAGAAGAUUCUCGGCAGCAUUCAAGACAUGAGACUGCAAAUGAACCAAACGCUGCCCGUCCAGGUCUGAGAUGGGGGCGGAACUGUUCUAAAGCAAACUAACAGACGACCCCAGAUCAUCUCCACUAAUCAGAUGAAACUGGCUCGCAGUGCCUCGGACAACUUUUUCUUUUCCAUUUUCCUGUUUUCCUGUAACGACUGCAUUAUUUUACACCCAACAGGAUUAGAUAAGAUUAUUUUGUACUUAUUUUUAAGAACGGACAGGAAAGCCUAUAUCCCAUGCAUGCCUCACGAGGCUCCGGUGUGGGGUUGGCGAUUGCAUGCGUGCGUGUGGUAUUUUCUUUCGUGAGGCUGGCUGGGAAGCCUCCCAUAAUGCAUUUCUCCCUGAAACUGACUCUGAGGGACAGACUCUCCCAGAUGGACAUUGCUUAUGGAAGAGAUACUCCUCUAAUAGUACCCAUAACUUGAAUAUAAAAAGACAAAAAAACUAGAUGUGAAUAUAAAUUCACAAAGCGUGUGGACACGAUUGCGCAGAAAUCCCUCCAAUGCUAGCAGAUGUUCUAUUGUGCGUGUGAUUUUGUGCUUAUUCCCCAUCUUCAUAUUGAAGGUGUUUUAUUUAAGGGCACAUGCCUCAAACGGACAGCAGGGAGAGGCACAGCCGAGGGCGAAAGAUCACGGAUGUCGCAGGACCGGAUUUGAGGAAGUUGCAUUUGUCCACCAGGUUUAAACUGACAAAAGGACUUCUUAGAAUAUACCUGGUGAACUCAGGAUGCUUUCAUAGUUUCAAAUAAUGGAUUCUCAGCUGCGUUUUCACAAUUUCAAUCGAUGUUUUCUUUUAUUCUCUUCUGUUGUUUUCCCUCACCCUGUUUAGUUUCUGUUCCAUGAUGAGUUGACAUUUAGCUGUUCAUCAGUCAUUAUAUCAGGAUUCUUUAGCAGUUAGAAAAGAGAAGGACUGUGAUAACCUGUACUACACUGCAAGAAAUCUUUUUUUUUUUUUUUUAAUCAGUAAAUUUGUCUUUUACCAGGACAAAUAUCAUAACAUUCUUGAAACAAGAUCAAUUUGAGAAGUAAAAUUGCGAAAUAUAUUAAGACUUGUUUUCAGAGAAUAUAUCUUUAAACAUUUUUUUCUGUCAAAUUCUUAAGCAUAAAUCUAAUUAAAUUCACAAAGUUUUAUGCUUUAGACAUAAAAAAUAAUUUGUGUUUAAUACAUCUUCAUCUUGUUUUGAGAAUGUUGACAAAAUAUUGAUUUAAAAACUAUAUUUUUUUUCCAGUGUAAAAAUCACUGGCCAUCUCUUUAAUGAGUGAGUGUGUGUAAUGUCAGUAUGACUAUGUUGUAGUGUGUGUGCUUCUGUGUGUGUAUGUGUAUAAAGCAAAGGAAGAGUAUAAGGAUUAUGCACCACAUUCUGUACAUGAACGUUUCAGUUGUGUUCCCCAGUGGAGCACCAAUGCAUGAAAAAAAUUGUGACAAGGAGCUCCAGUUAUAUGUGAAUCAAUAUAAUGCGGAGAGAUAACAAUUUAUUGUUUAUUUUAUGAUUUUAUUUUAACAUAUCCCUAGAGGCCAAAAGGAACGAUUCAUUUAUUUAAAGAUCUGAUAUAAAUUCGAAUGCUGACAUUCAAAUAGAUGGUGAAGAAAUGUUUGGAAUGCCGUCAUGAUGAAAAAAAAUAAAUGCAGAGGAAGUGUAUUGUAAUUGGUUUAAGAGAAAUGAAUAGAAGUGUUGAA